AUGGUCGAAAAGCCACUGGAGUAUAUUGGUGAGGUUGAUGAGGAGGAAUGCGAAGUGGCAGAAAGCGUUGAUCGUCGUUGGUACCUGGUUGCGGUUGUUGGUACUCCACUUAGCCUGAUCAGCUUAUUCUCCAAUCUUCUCAUCGCAAAAGCUGUCCUGUCGAGGCAGCGCAAUCAUUUCUUUUUCCUUGGCCUGUUAGCACUCAGUGAUAGUUUCCUCUCAUUUUGUUAUGGACCUGUUAUUGCUAUGGAUAUUAUCAAAAAUCGCAUUCAGUGGCUCUGGCUCAGCCGACUCUGGUGGUCAUAUUUGGGACCAAUGUUGGCACUAUGUCAUGUAUCCAUGACGUUCUCGUGCUUUUUGAUUAUUUUAAACACUAUCGAGAGAUAUCUGAUCACUAAGCAAUCUGUUUUGCUCAACAAAUUUCGCAGGAAUCGUGGUGUCACAGCGACGGCUAUGUUCCUUUUCGCAUUGCUUGUGCGUGGAACUUCCAUUUUCGAAAUUGAGGUUGUUUUUUUUCGAUUUACCAGUCCGUAA